AUGGUUGUUUCUACGUCACAUCUUGAUCCUAUGGAUGCAUUUCACAAACUUGUUCAACAACAGCAACUACAUCAACAACAAUCACCAGCCAAGUUGCCUCGUUGGUUUUCACAAAAUAUUUAUAAAUACUUUGUCCUGAUCCAUGAUGUUACUGAAGGAGAAGAAUCAAAUAUAACAUUACGAAAAGCUGUAUCUGUUUUUGGUGAUUUAAAACAGCAUUAUGGUGCUGGAAAUUGUCAUUUAUUACAAAUAAAUUCUAAACGUAAUCAGCCACAAUCAAUGUCAAAUGUCAAUGAUCCAGCAGACUCAAAUAUGACUGAUCCAUGGCGUCUAUAUGUAAAAACAAACGAAACAUUCCAACAACAAAAUCGUCUUUCAGCAACAACAUCCGAUGUAAAUUAUUAUGGUCAACAUGAAACUGUCAAUAAUUCAUCACCUCAAUCUUAUUCACCCUUUGUAUUAAGAAAACAAGGAUCAGCUAUAUCAUUACCAAGUGUUGUUAACUCAUCGAGUUUAUCAAUAGAAAAUUCUUCUUAUACCGACUCAACGUCAAAUUUAACAGAUUUAUUAAGUCAAGAAUUAAACAUAGUAGACACAAAUCGACAACAAUCGGAAAGAAUUGCUCAUCCAUUAGAUCUAAAUGAUUUAACAUCAAGCCAAAGUACAACAGAUAAUACAAUCGAUGAAGGAUAUGAUGGCACAUCGACAACAACCUCAUCGUCAAUACCAGCCAUUGUUCAUGGAGCAUGUUUAACAUUAAGUGAUCAUGACAGAAUACAUGUAUUCAUGAGUGAAUUCGUUACCAAAGGUUUAUUGCCGUGGGUUGAAGUCAAUUUAAAAACAUAUAAUGAACAGAUAACAGCUCGACGUGGAAUAUCAAAAUUUUUUAAUAUGCCCAAAAAGUUUUUUGGUAGUACAAAACAAAGUCCAACAAUCACUUCACAUUCUCAAUCGGCAACAAAUUUAGCAGCAGAUUCUGUUGAAAUAUUGUUACGUCGUGCCGGUGAUUUGGCAUUUUUAUUUCAAGAUUAUGAAUAUGCAUUUAAUAGUUAUUAUGCAGCUAAAAGAGAUUUAUCAAAUGCACAAGCACCAACAUUCUAUUCUGGCGUACUGGAAAUGUGUUGUUUAUCGAAUUUUAUGCAAGGACCAGCAACAGCAUCAAAAAGUUAUUCAACAAGUUACAUGGAUGAAGCCAUUGAUACGUACUCAAAUGUAUGCAGAUUACCAAUAUUUGCUACUCGAUGUGUAUUAAUGAGCACUGAAAUAUUGAAAGCAAAAGAUAUGUAUGAUUCAGCUGUACAACAAUUUCUUAAACUUUCUCAAGAAGAUUCGGAUUUACGUGGUGCACUAUUUCUUGAACAAGUCUCCUAUUGUUUUCUAAAUUAUCGUUCACCAUUUAUUCGAAAAUAUGCAUUUCAUAUGGUUAUUGCUGGUCAUCGAUUUUUAAAGGCUGGACAAGAUCAUAUUAAUUACACACUUGGGAGACAAAAUUUUAUACUGAACCGUGCCAGUGAUUCAAUAAAUAAUUUAAACUCAUUAUUCAUGUCAAAUAAUAAUAAUGUACAAAGUGCACAACAACAAAUUGGAUUUUUUAAAGAAUUUCUUACCCUAUUUAGUCAAUUAGGUGACUCACAAUCGAUUGAUAAGACAUUGCCGGUAUUACCAUUACCAUCUGUUGAAAAUCAUACAAUUAAAGUUUUACUUGGAAGUCGUAUGCAACCGAAAUUAGGUGGUAACGUUUCAAAUUGUAAUGAUUUUGACUUUGAUGAAACGCUUGAAGUAUGGUCUGAUUUGGAAAGAGCAUUGAUGGCCAAUGAACGUCGAAAUAGUGGAACUCGUUCACAACAACAAAUAUUUACAAACCGUACACAUAAUCAACAAAAUCCAAUUGCAAUUGCAAAAGAGUCUAUAAGAGUUGAAUUUUACGUGCGGAAUACACUUCAAAUUCCCUUAUUACUCAGUGAAAUAAAAUUAUUAUGGAAGUUUUCAUCGAAAAAGAAAUUAUCAUCAUCUGACACCAGUACGAAAGAAGAUGAUAAAGAAUAUACAAAUAAUAUUCAGUUAAAACAAAAUGAUGAACACGAUUUACCCGUUGAAACCGAUAUAUUGUCCGAUUGUGUCAUAUUUCCUAACGAUAGUUCGAAAAUUGAACUUUGUCUUCGACCAAAACGAUCUGGACAUUUGACAAUUCUUGGUUUAUGUUAUCGUUUGAAUAUAUUAGUACAAAAUACUAGUGAUCAAACAACAUGGCCAGAUGGACUCUAUGGAAAACAACUAUUUCAUGUCAAAGGUUCACGUUUAAAUUCAACAAGAAAAGAGCGUCUCAAUGUUAUGUAUGGCACUGAUAAACGUUUAGAAAUUAACGUAUUACCAGAAGCUCCAUUAUUACAAGUUGAAUUUUCUCAAAUGCCUUGUACAAUGUUUUGUGGUGAAAUUCAAUCAUGUCUUAUUCAUUUAAUUAAUUUAAGUUCUCAACACUCAAUAUCUCGUAUUAAACUUGCAACAAGUCAUCCAGAUUUGAUAACAAUAUCCACAACGAAUGAAACAGAAGAAGAUGAUAAUGAUGAAUAUUACUCUUAUACAAAUAAGUCAAAAUUAUUAUGUUCAAAAACACUUUAUGAUAAAACUCAAAAAGUCUUAACAUUAAUACCAAAGUCAGCUAAUAAGACAACAUCAAAAACAAAUGUUUUAGAACCGAAUGCAAUAUGUACAUUAAAAAUAUGGCUAAAAGCGUCACAUUUAGUAGGCGAAAUAAAUACAGAUUUUUUAUUUCUAUAUGAAUCAGAUACAUUUCAACAACCAUUACGUUAUCGAACAGUUAAACAUUCAUCCUUAUUCAUUACAACCUCUUGUGUUGGUUUAUCAGCUCAAACUGAAUCAAUUGGUCUUGGAGAAUUAUUGUUACCUUUACAAAUCGAUAAUUUGACAGCAAUACAAAAUAAUCUACAAAUAACGUUAAGACAAAUAUCUUGUAUUAGUCAAAAAUGGAAUGUGAAUAAUUUAUCACCAGUUUAUCGAAAUUCCAUAUCAUGUGGUGAAAGUUUGUCAUUGUUAUUAAAAUGUUCAACAAAUAAAAUAGAUGAAAAAUCAGAAUCGAAUGAUGAUGCUUUAAUUAGUAAUCUUCUACUAUCUUCCAAUAAUAAUGAUAACAAUUAUAUUGACGUUUCUAAAAGUCCUGUGUGUGAUUUUUAUCGAAAUUUUUUAUGCAAUGAAAAUUUUUUUAAUCCAUCUAGAAAACAGUCUGAUUAUAAUCGACGACAUACAUCAACGACAACACCUCCUACCAUUCAACCAUCUCAUACAAAAUUAUCGCUUAUAUUACUAUGGCAAAUAGCAAUGUCAAAUCAACUAGGUCAAAUUGAUGUUCGUUAUGGUUUACAUAUGAUAUGUCCAAAUUUAGGUGAUUCAUUAAUAAACGAUCAAAUCAUAUUGGAGGAUACACAACAACCACAACAACCUGUUCAAUUUUCAUCAACAAUUUUGACUCUUUCAACUCAAAAUCCAUAUGUUGAAGAACAACGAUUGUGGACAUCAAUUCAAGAAAAAUUUUCAAAAGCAAUACAAUAUGAAAUAAUUUAUAAAACAUCUGUCAAACAUGAUUUUAAUAAAAACAGAACAUUAUACUUACCAGUUGAAUUGAAAUUAUUUAAUAGUUCCCAAGAUAAAUUAAAUAUUCAUAUUCAAUUAUCGAGAUCAUCAUUAGAACUUGAUCCAUUAUUAUCUUCAUGUUGUCUAUGGUGUGGUAUAACGGAUCAAAUAAUUGAAAUAAAUGCAUCUCAAACGUUGAAUGUACAAUUAAAAGCAUGUUUUUUCAAACCGGGUUUCUAUUAUCUUGGAAAUUUAACAUUAUCAAUUGUUGUUAGUGAGACUAAAAGUGAUACGAUAACUACAUUAUCUCCACACAAAUCUCAACAAUUAUCUAUUACAAAUUUUUCAUCUAUACUACCUAUUCUGUCGUCAUUGUCAGCAAUUAAAUCAAUACCGAUCAAAUCAAAUAUAGAAAAUUAUUUUGUAGAUAUUUCUGCUUGUUAG